GAGAGAGAGGAGAAGGAAGAGACCGCGUUCUCACCACGAAAGGAGGAACGCCAAGGUGUGGAGGAGGUGAAGAGAAGAGGAGCCGAUCUCCUCGCGACGAGAGAGGCCCCGUCUCGAGAACGGAGGCUGCGGUUUGAAAGCCGAGGCCGCGGCGCCUCUCUCCGUUCGGUGCUGCUUCGACGUGUGCUCCAGAGUGCGUGCUCCACGGUAUGUUAACAGUGCCGCGAGUCCGACCGACCGGUACCAGUCAGUUGUUCUCCAGCCGCGCGUUCGUCGCGAGUGCUUCGUCAUUAACAUCGCUCAGGUUCGUGUUAGGUGAUCCGUCAUAGUCAUCAGGAUUGGCUCCUCCCUGGACUAACCGGAUGUUCCAAUAAUCCCGAAAACUUGCUCCGGAAAAGAGGAGAGCAGCGAGAAGAGAUCAGUCAUCGGAAAGACGAAUUACGUCUCAGCAUCCUCUCUUUGCCUCUCAGUGUCGGGCCUCGUGGAUCCCGCGCCGAUCUCUCUUUUACAUCCGAGGCUCCGAACGAGAAGCAAUCGUAGAGGACACGCCAGUUGCGGCAGGUCACGAAGAACGGGUUUGAAGAUGGCCUACAUUAUUCGGACUUAUCGGUAAAGGAGGACCCACUGGUCGCCGCAUCAGCGACUUGGCUAGAAAAGGGAGAGGCUAGCUUUUAAAAGAAAAAAAAAGCAAAAUGGGACAAGCAUGGUGCAAAGAGAGGACCUCCAAGACCCAAGACUCCAAGUCUCCGUUGGAUCGGGUUUUCUUAAGAUGCGCUCAUCGGAUUUAUCCAAGUUUAAAAGAGGAGGGCUCGGUUUUAGGAGGUGCUACGCAAAGAGUUACGAGCUCCGAAAUAGGAUACGCCGGCUCUCCACCGAGGGAGGUGCUCACGAGGGGACGCAGCAUAGACUCCGUGGACAGGCCCUUUCAUCCCAGCGACUGGGUGGACGUUAAUCUAGAAGUGCCUAGCCCGCCGAGAGCGAGCUCGCCUCUCACGAAUUCAACAGCCGACACUAGUCUGUAUCCCGCUACCACACCUAUGUCCAGCUGCUCCAACCUGAAGGACAUCAUUCCCGUGCCACCUCCGAGGCGAAAAAAGAGAAACAAGGGCAGACCCUUGCCGCCGAAACCGGACGAAAUUCCUGAGAGCGUAACCAACAAUUUAAGACACGGUGAUACAAGCGAGGAACCGUUAUAUUUGUCGGUCAGUCCGCCAAAGACGAAUGACGAUGACCGUGGAAAUGGUGACGUCCAGACGCGAGGAAUCGGGAACAUCUGUCCGGAAGAUCCGAAGCAUGAAGGACGAAGGACGAAGGAGAUCUACGAGCAUAAGGUUAACGGCACCGGAAGGAUAAUAUCCAGCGAGAUGGUUUCCGGCAGAAGAACAUUCGCCGACAAGAAAACUUGGAGGACUUCGGAGCCGGGCCACCAUCACCGGAAAGUUCUCGAGAACGAAGAAUACGAGAGAUUCGCCGGGAGUCAGUCGAUCAAGGACUCUUCGACCCCUAAUCGCCAGGACAGACGGAAGUCGAAGGAGCUCGAGCAGCGGAUCAGGGAUCCCUCGAGGGACGACGACAGACCGGAAGCAAAUACAAGGACGAAGAACUACAGCACUGUUAGCUUGCCGAAUUACGAUGAGUUGGACGUGUCUAGGCAUCCUGCGAAAAGUACGGCGAGGGACGAUAGAGGCGCGGGGGAGAAAAUGAAGUCGAGGAGACCCGUCAGAAGCAGCACCGGCUCGCUUCCGGCCGAAUCUUUCCUGUCGCCUUUCUCGGAGAAAACCAGCGUACGUCUCGAGGAUUAUAUCCCGCGACGCGGUAGCAUCGAGCACCUGUCGACGUAUCAGGUGCUCGGGAAGCUGGGCUCGAGCGAAAACGAGGUCACUGACGACGGAUUCAUGAAGUACGAUCCGAGUAAAUUGGAGGAUUGGGACCUCAGCGACAUCAGUAAUUGCGAUUCGAACCGGCGUCUGUCCGCCGAGUAUUCGCCACGAAUCCAUAACGAUGAAACAGAGGAAAAAUUUUCCAAGGAUAUAGAUGUCGUCGACUGUUCGCAAAAUACCAAGGAGACUGAAAUGACUGAGAUCGAAAUCUCGUGUGUCCGUCGAAAUAUGACUUCACCGUUGCAGAAGCCGGAAUCUUAUGGCAAGGCACCGUCACCGAUGUUUGAUUCCGACAGAGAAUCAAAAUAUUCCGAUGAUUGGCUCACAGAUCGAGAUAGAUAUUUCGAGCCUCCCAAAAUGUCGGAAAUCUGUCACGUAUCACCGACUUGCGAGUUAGCGACAUCGCCAGUUCGCAAGGAGCCAUUCUUUUUGAAUGAAGAACUUCAUCGCUCGGCUUCAGAUACGAUCGGAGGGUCCUGCAGGAACGGCGUCGUCAUCCGGGAAUCCGAUCGAUCCGACCAAUCGAGGCUGAUCUUUGGCCGUAGUCUGUCGAACGAGAGCGAGCCCUACGACGAUCCGUACGAGUCGAAGGAGCUGCGUGCACAUUCCGACGUAACGAACAAGCUAAUCAGAACGAUAUCGGAGGAAUCGCUGCCGCGGGAGAUGCUCGAGGGGGCCGACGAGGAGAUCAUCGACUUCUUCGACGAGAAACUAGCCAAGGAUACGACGAACGAAUUGAAGAAGGACUGUCAGCAGCAGCGGACGAAGACGCCACCGCCGAGUCCGGAGCCGAAGAUCAAGGCUCAGAUCCUGGACAACGAUCAUUCCACCUUGUUAAAGGUUCUGAAUGACGAGGCGGCGGACGGAAGCAAUCUCAGCUCGAUGACGCCGAGCCUCACCGAGCUGGAGGCGGCGCUUUCGGACAUGUUGGAGAAGGAAGAUCAACCCGACGAAGCUGCGAAGCGAGAAAAUACAAACGGCGAUUUUAAACAGAUAGAGCCCAUGGAGAAGCUUCUCGAGCCAAAAAUAAUACCCGUAGACAAGCAUAAUGCAGCCAGCGGAGAUAUGCCAGAUCAACAUAAUUCAGUUAGCGAUGACAUUCUAGUCGAUAAAACACUUGAGCAGACGUCGGAUCAAUCGUCCGUGUCCUUGGAGCAAAUCCUCGGAGACCCGACGUCGACACCGAAGAAAAGAAAAAUAUCCUUCUGCACCUGGGAAGAGAAAAUCAUGACAGAUGUCGAUCUGAAAAAUAAUGAAGAAGCGAAGAAUCCCGAUGCCAAAUCAUCUGGCGUUAUGUCAGAAUUAGGAUCAACCUCUGAAUUCUUUAAAGAUAUUGAGAUUAAUAGCAAAGACGGCGCAAAGUUUAUCGGAGAAGCGCCUGAGAAGCCCAGCAGAUUGUUUCAAAAUUUGGAAAAUGUAACGGAGGACUCGAAACAAAUUCCUACGCCACCACGAAGGAAGAAUAAAAGUUUAGGUUCUACAAAGGAAUCAGUCAAAAUUAUAGAAAAUUACCCCGAAGAUCUUGAUGCCCGUCCCAAUGACAGACUUAUUUAGUAAUUUUAUAUAUUGCGCGAUCUCGUAAUCUUUCUGCUGCUAUGUGAUCAUGUGCGAUAAUAUAAUUUUCAAGUUUUUCUGUGCCACGUAAAUUGUUAAUACAUUUAAUAUAUUAGUUCGUGAUUGCUAUAACUAGUAACCAUUAACAUGUAAUUAAUAAACAAAAAAAAAUAAAAAAGAAAUUAUAACGCAUAUGUUGUCAUUAAAAUUCGUUAAAUAAAAUUCAAAUAUUAAAAACAAAAAUUAAAAAAUGUUGCCACA